AUGUCCCCCGUGCGGAACCACCGCAUGCCCUGUGCGUCUUUUGAGACGUCUCAAAACAUGCCCUGUGCGUCUUUUGAGACGUCUCAAAACAUGCCCUGUGCGUCUUUUGAGACGUCUCAAAACAUGCCCUGUGCGUCUUUUGAGACGUCUCAAAACAUGCCCUGUGCGUCUUUUGAGACGUCUCAAAACAUGCCCUGUGCGUCUUUUGAGACGUCUCAAAACAUGCCCUGUGCGUCUUUUGAGACGUCUCAAAACAUGCCCUGUGCGUCUUUUGAGACGUCUCAAAACAUGCCCUGUGCGUCUUUUGAGACGUCUCAAAACAUGCCCUGUGCGUCUUUUGAGACGUCUCAAAGCAUGCCCUGUGCGUCUUUUGAGACGUCUCAAAGCAUGCCCUGUGCGUCUUUUGAGACGUCUCAAAGCAUGCCCUGUGCGUCUUUUGAGACGUCUCAAAGCAUGCCCUGUGCGUCUUUUGAGACGUCUCAAAACAUGCCCUGUGCGUCUUUUGAGACGUCUCAAAACAUGCCCUGUGCGUCUUUUGAGACGUCUCAAAACAUGCCCUGUGCGUCUUUUGAGACGUCUCAAAACAUGCCCUGUGCGUCUUUUGAGACGUCUCAAAACAUGCCCUGUGCGUCUUUUGAGACGUCUCAAAACAUGCCCUGUGCGUCUUUUGAGACGUCUCAAAACAUGCCCUGUGCGUCUUUUGAGACGUCUCAAAACAUGCCCUGUGCGUCUUUUGAGACGUCUCAAAACAUGCCCUGUGCGUCUUUUGAGACGUCUCAAAGCAUGCCCUGUGCGUCUUUUGAGACGUCUCAAAGCAUGCCCUGUGCGUCUUUUGAGACGUCUCAAAGCAUGCCCUGUGCGUCUUUUGAGACGUCUCAAAGCAUGCCCUGUGCGUCUUUUGAGACGUCUCAAAACAUGCCCUGUGCGUCUUUUGAGACGUCUCAAAACAUGCCCUGUGCGUCUUUUGAGACGUCUCAAAACAUGCCCUGUGCGUCUUUUGAGACGUCUCAAAACAUGCCCUGUGCGUCUUUUGAGACGUCUCAAAACAUGCCCUGUGCGUCUUUUGAGACGUCUCAAAACAUGCCCUGUGUGUCUUUUGAGACGUCUCAAAACAUGCCCUGUGCGUCUUUUGAGACGUCUCAAAACAUGCCCUGUGCGUCUUUUGAGACGUCUCAAAACAUGCCCUGUGCGUCUUUUGAGACGUCUCAAACAUGCCCUACGUCUCAAAACAUGCCCUGUGCGUCUUUUGAGACGUCUCAAAACAUGCCCUGUGCGUCUUUUGAGACGUCUCAAAACAUGCCCUGUGCGUCUUUUGAGACGUCUCAAAACAUGCCCUGUGCGUCUUUUGAGACGUCUCAAAACAUGCCCUGUGCGUCUUUUGAGACGUCUCAAAACAUGCCCUGUGCGUCUUUUGAGACGUCUCAAAGCAUGCCCUGUGCGUCUUUUGAGACGUCUCAAAGCAUGCCCUGUGCGUCUUUUGAGACGUCUCAAAGCAUGCCCUGUGCGUCUUUUGAGACGUCUCAAAGCAUGCCCUGUGCGUCUUUUGAGACGUCUCAAAGCAUGCCCUGUGCGUCUUUUGAGACGUCUCAAAGCAUGCCCUGUGCGUCUUUUGAGACGUCUCAAAACAUGCCCUGUGCGUCUUUUGAGACGUCUCAAAACAUGCCCUGUGCGUCUUUUGAGACGUCUCAAAACAUGCCCUGUGCGUCUUUUGAGACGUCUCAAAACAUGCCCUGUGCGUCUUUUGAGACGUCUCAAAGCAUGCCCUGUGCGUCUUUUGAGACGUCUCAAAGCAUGCCCUGUGCGUCUUUUGAGACGUCUCAAAGCAUGCCCUGUGCGUCUUUUGAGACGUCUCAAAGCAUGCCCUGUGCGUCUUUUGAGACGUCUCAAAGCAUGCCCUGUGCGUCUUUUGAGACGUCUCAAAACAUGCCCUGUGCGUCUUUUGAGACGUCUCAAAACAUGCCCUGUGCGUCUUUUGAGACGUCUCAAAACAUGCCCUGUGCGUCUUUUGAGACGUCUCAAAACAUGCCCUGUGCGUCUUUUGAGACGUCUCAAAACAUGCCCUGUGCGUCUUUUGAGACGUCUCAAAACAUGCCCUGUGCGUCUUUUGAGACGUCUCAAAGCAUGCCCUGUGCGUCUUUUGAGACGUCUCAAAGCAUGCCCUGUGCGUCUUUUGAGACGUCUCAAAGCAUGCCCUGUGCGUCUUUUGAGACGUCUCAAAGCAUGCCCUGUGCGUCUUUUGAGACGUCUCAAAGCAUGCCCUGUGCGUCUUUUGAGACGUCUCAAAGCAUGCCCUGUGCGUUUUUUGAGACGUCUCAAAACAUGCCCUGUGCGUCUUUUGAGACGUCUCAAAACAUGCCCUGUGCGUCUUUUGAGACGUCUCAAAACAUGCCCUGUGCGUCUUUUGAGACGUCUCAAAACAUGCCCUGUGCGUCUUUUGAGACGUCUCAAAGCAUGCCCUGUGCGUCUUUUGAGACGUCUCAAAGCAUGCCCUGUGCGUCUUUUGAGACGUCUCAAAGCAUGCCCUGUGCGUCUUUUGAGACGUCUCAAAGCAUGCCCUGUGCGUCUUUUGAGACGUCUCAAAGCAUGCCCUGUGCGUCUUUUGAGACGUCUCAAAACAUGCCCUGUGCGUCUUUUGAGACGUCUCAAAACAUGCCCUGUGCGUCUUUUGAGACGUCUCAAAACAUGCCCUGUGCGUCUUUUGAGACGUCUCAAAACAUGCCCUGUGCGUCUUUUGAGACGUCUCAAAACAUGCCCUGUGCGUCUUUUGAGACGUCUCAAAACAUGCCCUGUGCGUCUUUUGAGACGUCUCAAAACAUGCCCUGUGCGUCUUUUGAGACGUCUCAAAACAUGCCCUGUGCGUCUUUUGAGACGUCUCAAAACAUGCCCUGUGCGUCUUUUGAGACGUCUCAAAACAUGCCCUGUGCGUCUUUUGAGACGUCUCAAAACAUGCCCUGUGCGUCCUCCUGCUUGCAGGCAGGUGGGUGA